GUUUGCUAGAGGGACCUCCCCCAACCCCCCCUUUGUAUUCACCAAUAACAGGCGCUUAUUCCAUCAACACGGACCAUCUGGGAAAGCUUCUUCAUACCUCGACCAAUAAAUGCCAAGAAAAUCCGCAACAAAUCAGGAUCGCUGCGCUGCAACAAGAGGAAAAACGAACCGUUGGAAAAACACGUAAAAAAACAAAACAAAACGGCAAGUAAAAACGCACGGAUCGUCGCCGUGGCCUUUCUCAAUGCAUCCUCUUUGUGCCCGUGGAACGAUGAAACCAGAAAUAAACGCCGCCGUCGGGUUUCUGUCGAGAUUUCUGAGGGUAAAAGGACACGUAAACGACCGACAGGUCCAAACGUUUAGCCAAAGCUUACAGGACAUUCUGUCAGAGCAAUACAAGCACCACUGGUUUCCAGACAAGCCCUGCAGGGGCUCAGGUUACCGCUGCAUCCGCAUCAAUCACAAGAUGGAUCCAUUGGUCGGGCAGGCAGGCCAGCGCAUCGGCCUUACCAUCCAGCAACUCUACCUGCUGUUGCCCAGCGAGCUUACGCUUUGGGUAGAUCCCUUCGAGGUCUCCUACCGCAUCGGCGAGGAUGGCUCCAUCUGCGUCCUGUAUGAGUCACAGCCCGGGCCUGUCAGCAUGCCUCUGUCCGCCAGCUCUGCCUUAGGACAUGGGUCUGUUGGCCCCAUGGUGGACAGUCACCUCAGCUGUAAGGAGGAAAUGAGGGUGCUGGGCAGGACCAGUCCCUCCAAAGCCUACAAUAACAUGAUGACUGUGUCCAGUUAAAGUGGUCCACGGUCACACCCAGCCUACUUUUGUUCAGGGUUACACAGUGGCUGGUCAGAUCAUGGUGAGCCUUUUUAAAGCUAAGAAUAUGAAAUUAAAUAGUGAAAGGAAAAAAAAAAAACAGAGGAUGUGGCCUAUCGUCCAGGUGAUGGAAACCUUGUACGUUCAAUAUGUUUACCUUCUUUCCCGGUUAUCAUCUGUUGUGUUGUCAUUGGAUCAGCUGGGUUCUCCGUUUUGUUUAGGGGAGGUUUUAUGAAAAUGGAACUGCUGGGGCAGCUAAACCAUCCAACCAACCAGAAAACACCCAACAUCCCUCACUCAACUUUUAACAUUUAAACUGCUCCAUCUCUGAAGAGGCUAUUAGCAUUGACUUUGCACUUUCCUUCAUUGCUUGUGGGUACUUUGGGUACAUAUUCAAACUACCAUGGCAGAAACAGUCUAAAUUGUAAGGAUUUGUUUUCCAGGGAUUUUAAGCUUUUAUUGAUCAUCAGUUCAUUUGCCUGGGUUGGGAGGAAGUUGAGGUUUGCGACGUGUCAUAGCAAAUCCAAGCCUAAGGUAAAGAAUAAGAGCUCCUCUAUUUUCAAAGAAAACACUUUUUGGACCACAAGAGUGUAUUCUUUAUCUUGUAGUCAUUGAAACAGCUUGUGGUCUUAGCUCAUCUUCCUCCCUAUCCUGUUACUAAUAGUGAGUUUUAGAAAACUUUAUUUCAGCCUUCUGUCUAUCUAAAAUGUGUUGUGACACCCAUCGAUACCAGCGUGUCCCAUUGUACUGUCAACCCGCCACCCCUAAUUUGCCCAUGUUUGUGUAGCUUUGUUGGGGAUCUCUCCCCUUCAAGUCAAUGAAUGUUGUUGAAGUUCACAAUCAAGAUCGGUGUUGUUGCAUUUGCCAUUUUUUUCUUCAACACUUUCUCAUCUCCUGCAUUACCAAAAGUAAAACUGUAGCUAAGAGGGAUAUGGUAGGGGGCCUGUUUACCCAAAUGUUGGUCUUGUGGCCCAUUUUAAGUUGAAAUUGAAUGCACUUUGACGUGAGAUUAAGUGGAACAUGUACCUUCUCAGAGUAAAAUCGCCUCCAUUCCAUCCAUUCAAAUGCCAUCUUUUGUCACAGCAAUUCUCCCAGUUCUAGCCAUUUGUACAGACAAUACCUUCUGGUGAUGUUUGUCAAAAAGGGGCUAUGCAACUCUGAAUUUCAAAUAAAUAUUCUGUUAACAUUUCAGGGCAUUUUUGUUUUUCGUUGGGUGAAGGAUAUUCUGGGUAAUUAUGGUAGAGUCGUUCUUUCAUCUGUUCACAUGGCACUGCUGAUUCUGGCAAAAUUCAGUUAUGUUGCACCCCUUUCUUAAACACAACGAUGGUGAUUCUAGUUUAAAAGGGAAGAAAACAUGUCUGAUUUUACCUAAAACAGUCUGAAGCCCAGGCUAUUCCAAUUGGCUUUUAUGGCUUUUUUAGUAAAGCCUAAAGUUUAGGGUACACUGCCUUAAGACCUCAUUGUCAAGAAUUAUGAGUGAGUUGUGAUCCUAAGCUAAAUUCUGUGCAUGUCUGGUGUAUUGUGCUGCCAGGACCCUCACUUGGGGUGUCCGGUUUCCAGUUUCAGGUAGUUCCAACGCAACUAUUGGUGUUUGUGAGUGUUGGUGCCUCAAAAUGCCACUCUUUAGCUCAGACCUCCUGUCCAGCCAAAACCAAGUCAGGAUGCUGCAAGCUGACCGCCUGUGGAUGCAGGUAGACUUAAUGUGACACAUAUCACCCUUCAUCAUCGCUAGGGAGCUGGCAAAGGACGGCCGAGGUUGGGAAACUUGGGUGUGAAAGAAGUUGGGGGUCCAGGGCCAGACUCUUUUGUCCAGGGCAGCUAAAAUCCCUCCAGCCCCCCUCCUUCUCAGUUUUAUUUUCCCCAACACCCACCCACCUCGACCAGAAGCCCUUCACCCUCCGUCAGCAGUGAUGGAUAACCAGCACACGUGCAUUAGGUGAAUUUGGUUGGACAUGAGGGAACAUGGAUCUGAAAGUUGAAGAACUUCAUGGUACUGGGCCAUUGUUUCAUCUCACUGGAUUGCGCUGCACUUACUGAGUGAGUAGCAACUUUGUUUACAUGCAUACGUAAGAAGGUGGCAGCUGUCUUUGUACCCCCGCCUCACUCGUUGGUUUUGAGGUCUAGUGGAAAACGGCGUGACUGAACAGGUGCUGGAACGGCUUCCGGUGUUGCUCAGACCUUAGUCACCAUCCAGAUCUGUCACGGCAGGCUGGUUUCCCCACUCAUCACCAUACCUAGGGGUGUUUGAGCUCCACUAAGCCCCUGAGAAGAUCAUGGGUAAUAUAGUUAUAGCCUUUGAUGCACUGCAACCCUCCUUCACUCACUGUACCCCAACCCGUUGUUUCUCUCUGCUGAUACUCCCUUCAGCAUUCUGUGAAAAGCAGUGAUUCCAUGUUGGCAAGAUAGGUCGUAGCCUGGUGGGAUAGGAGCCCAGAGCUUUGGUUUCCAUGAUGGACCGUUGUUUUGGAUUUUAAUAAUCAUGCUGCUCCAUUUUAGCUCCUUUUUUCUUAGAUGUCAGCCAACUAGAUGUUUUGAGAUUGGUCUAUAUUUCAGAAACAAGAUGAUCGUCUUGUCUCACUUUUCUCUCAAUGUGUUUUAUAGUCACACUGCUAGGAUUUCUCUUUUUUUUUCUGUGUAACUUAUCCACAUUUUCUAAUGUGCAUCCACAUUUACCCUUGUAAUCUAACAACUUUUUAACUUUUGUUUUAUUUUAGAGCCUAACAUUAAAAAUGAAAUAAAAUCCCUUCAACCCUCCAAGUUUUAUACGUUUAAAUGGCAUCCAUUCAGCUCGUGUGCACAUAAGUUACAGAGUUGUGAGAGCGCUUUGAGUAUUCAGAAGUAAAAUAGCACAUAAAUGCACUAAAUGUCAAACUGAAGUUGUGACUUUUUAUUUGAGACGCACGGAGUCUCUCCUGGAAUGUAUUGCCAAACUCAGGCCUCAAACACUUCGUAAAUACUCUUGUGGAAAAGUUUUGCAUGUUAAGAUAUGAAACUGGAAGCGAAUAGCUGUUUUUUUUCUUACCGUCAGUGUCGUUGUCAAUCAGUCAAAUUAUUGCCACUUUCACAUUUGAGGUGUUUUAACAUAUAGAAUGUAUUGUAACUGUACAACAAAUGGUAGUCCAUAACAUUACACAUGGGAAGUGCCAAUAAUUGCUAUUCUGAAGUGUUUUAAGAUGGUCUUUUCCUUUUUUUAUUUUGGAUUUCAUAUUUUAACAUGGAUAACAUUUUUCAUAAGUGAAGCCAUUUGUCAUGGGAGUGCUGGCAAGGACCAAAGUUGUUUUCUGGUAAAAACAUUAGUUUCCAUGAUCUGUAACUAUAGGCGUAUCCUUUCUGUUUUUCUUAUUCUUUGGUUUUGAUUUCUGUUUUUCCCUUUUUUGUUAUUUACAUACAAAAUGAGAAAAUAGACAAAAAAAUCUGAGCUUACCCAAGCAGGAAAAGCUGUAUCUUGUGAUCUCAUGUCAGUACAUCAUUGUGUUCAGUUUCCUUUUCCUUGGGUAUGUUGCGAUGAACUGCUGUAAAUUUGUACAGUUCAUGUAAAUUGAUUGUGCGGAAGUUGUACAGAUUUCUAUAUUUUGAAAGAAAAGUUUUUUUUUCUCUGUAAUAAAAGAUUUCCUAUCUUGGCAUCAUA